UUGAGUUUUCUCAGUACUUUUUGUAAGAGUUUCGGAACUGAAACGAAUCGACACCAGCUUGGAGGAUGAUUUUCCUACAGUUCUGGUGGGCUCUGAUGGUGCUGAGCGGCACGAACAUGCUGCCGGCCGACUCGGAGCAGCCCAGCAGCGAGCAGCUGAGCAGCUUCAAACGGGCCGUGAAGGAGGCACGCGGCCAGAUGCAGGACAGCAGCCUGUACCGACCGCCCAGGCACACCAUCGACGAUAUGCUGGCCAGCUUUGCCCGCACCAGCAACGAUGAGUCCGAGGACCAUGCCAUGGCUGAGGCAGCCGACGCCUGGUAUCGGGACUUCCAGGCGGGGCUGGCAGUGGGCCAGAAGCAGCCGCGGGCCGUCAGUAAGCAGCAGAGCAAGGACUAUGUGAGUAAGUACUUCAAGGAGAUGCAGGACACGGAGAUAGGCAAGGUGAAGCUCAAGUACAAGGAUGCGGCAGCGGCAGCGGAGCCCGUCAUGCCACAGUACGAGGCCACCAGUGGUCCCUUCCAGUACGACGGCGGGGGUCUCUCCUCGCUGGACCUCAAGCUGAAGCACGCGCAGGAUAUUCUAAACGAGCACGAGAAGAGUGGCAGAAAGGAUCCCGCAUACAGGCCAAAGGAGUACCACAAGAAAGCAGACGUCAACGACGAUCUGCCGGAGUUCGGAGACGCCCCCGUGCCGGACGGGGUAUAUGAGCAAACCUUGUCCCAGCUGGACGCACCCAAGCGGCGGCCCAACAAUCUGCAGCACGAGGCCAACUACAAGCUGUCCAAGAUCGAGCAGGAGGCCUCCGAGAAUGCCCAACGCCCGGCGCGCCCCAAGGGCAGCGACUUGAAGAAGCGCAGCUCCCAUUUCGGCUUCAAUCCCAUGCACGAGAUCAAGCUGAAGACGAGCAACCGCCUCAUGCUCAAGGGCAUGGGACCCUCGCUGCCGAGCAAUGCGCUGAUUGACAGCCAGCACGCCCGCCUCGUGGACGAGCUGAUGAAGCGGCGGGAGCGCAACAUGCGACGGGAGCAGCAGCAGCAGCAGCGGCAGGAUCAGGAUGCGGAUUUGGAUUCGGAUCAGGAACAGAACCAGGAGAGUGACAUGAGCGGCGAUGAGGAACGGCGGCAGCAGUACGAUGGCUUUGGUCCGCUGGCCAACAACAUGAUGCAGUUUCCGGAGGCUGGCUCCUCCGGUAGCCACCACAUGAUGGAUCUGCCCCAGAGCUACGACUAUCGCCUGCCCCCGUACGAUCGCUUCCACGCGCUCAGCCAGCGACAGAUGCCCAACAUGGGCGACUUCUGGAUCUCCAAUCGCAGGUCCGCUGGGGAUCUGGGACGCUGCAAGCGGGAGCACGCCCCGGAGAAGAGCCUGGAAACGAUGGCGAAGGUGGCCGUGAAGGAGCCAGGCCCCAAAGCCGAGCAGCUUAAGGAGGGAGCUCAGCCAGAAGUGGCAGAGCGCCACGAUGGCGAGAUAUCUGCAGGCAAGCGGGAUGCCAAACAGCAGCCGGAAAAGGAGCAAAUUGAAGGCAACGUCGUGGAAAAGCCUGCUGAUCCUGGAAAGGUGCCAGUCGAAGCUGAGGCAAAGCUACCCGAGACAGUGAAAGUGGAAACGGACAUUGAGGUAAAGCCCACGGAAUCUGCUAUGGUGCGUGUGGCUCCGAGCGAUGCUGCUGCAUCUGGCGAGUCCAUACUGCAGCCAGAGGUGCCCGACAGUGGCCAAGACGCCGCUGUUAGGGUGGGCAGCGCUGAGGCCAAGCCCACGCCACAGACAGAUGGCAGCUCUGAUGCCGAGGCUAGCCUGGGGACGCUGGACAAGGCAAUCGUCAGCCAAGUCAUUGCACAAUCUGAACUGGAACAGCCACAGGUUCAGGAGAAGCCUCAGCCGGCAGCCAGCGUGGAAGAUUCCGCACUGCAGGAGAACCCCAAACUGAAUGUGGAGGAGUCGGUAACGUCCAGGCCGGCUGAGGUUGUCCCCAAGUCUGAGAAUGCUGAAGCAGGAGAAGCAUCAGGAGCGGCAGUGGCAGUGGCAGCUCCCCUUUUGGCCAAUCCCGAUGCGGUGGUCAAGCUUAUGGCCAAAGAGCUGUCGCAGCAUAGCGGCGACAAAGAACGACACAAGCGCCAUCUCCAUCGCCGACGUCAUCGCUGGCUACCCAGGAAGAAGCAUCGCUCCAAACGGUCAGUGGGAGAAGAGCAACAGCCCCCGGACUCGCAUGAUAGAGCCAAGCGCAUGGCUGCACCUCUGCUGGAUGACUUUGAGGAUCACAAUGGGAAUCGCUUGCGUUUCGGAGACUUGGGAAACGGCCUCCUCAUGCCCGAUGCCGAGGGGGAAGAACUUGAGGACGAGCCCCAGUAUGAGGAGGAUGAGGCCAGUCUCUAUGAUGCUUCCAGCAUUCAGAUGCCCAUGAUGAAUCAGCGUGCUAACGGUGUUUAUCAGAUAACGCAGCAGCCGCUGCAGAUGCAACAGCAGCAACAGCAGCAGCAGCAACAGCAACAGCAGCAUCCGCCACAGCAAACGCCACAACAGCUGCAGAUUCAUCAUCAACCCUCCAAUUUCAAGGCCACCUUCAAUUUGACUAACUUUUUCAAUGAACUGCAGAAGCUUCAAAAGAAUCGUCCGUUACAGCAGGAGCAGCAACAGAAUCGUCCAGUACAGCAGCAGCAACAGCAGAGCCAACAACAGCAGUCACCGAUGCAGCGGCAAUACCUUCCACAGCAGCAAUACCUUCCACAGAAGCAAUACGUUCCACAAAAGACAUAUGUGCCCAAACAGCAAUAUCUACCACAACAGCAGAAGACACCGCUACAGACACAACAAAAGCAGCUGCAAAUGAAAAUGCAAGCACCGCCGCAGAUAAAGCAGUCGGCUGUCCACCGCUACUUUGGUCCAUUCUUCAACAAGCAGGUGAAGGGCAACAUGUUGAGCACAGUGGAUCCGUGCAUUACGCCCAUGGAAACGCCGACACUGCCCAUAACUGUGGAUCCCAAUUGCGUGUCCAUUACAACGCCAUUUCCGAACGCGCCGACGGAGUCGACUACACCAGGCUUGGGUGAAAGUACAACGGGCAUUCCAAGUCCCAUGACGAACACUACGGACACACCAGCAAAUGGAACAACCUCAGGCGGGGGAGAUGUAACGACCGUAGGCGGGGGCGAUGCAACGACCGCAGGCGGGGCAGAUCAGGAGACAACAACUUCUGGACCUGCUAUGCAAAGCGACGAUUUCUGCAGCAGUCCCGAUGCCGUGAAGUUGAAUGUGUCCAUCAAUGCGAACGUGUGCGGGGAUCCGAAGACCAAGCAGUUCUAUGGCAACGGAUCGAUCAACAUGCGGCCAGCCUUCGACGAGAUGGACAGCGAGCUGAUGCUCGAUUGGCCGGAUGCACCAGAGCGUGAGGGUGACGAUGUUUUGCUGGAGAAGGAUGAUCGCUAUGCGCGCGAUGCAGCUAGAAACUGGAAUGGGGAUAAGGAAGAGGAUAAAGCCAGUCACAGAAGGUAUAACAGAUGGGGCAAAGUGCGGGCCAAGGGGAAACCGGCUAAAUGUUUAAAUUCCGAAUCCUGUGAGGACAGCUUGGAGAAGCUCAUAGCUGGCAAAACAUCGGAGGCCAUUGUGUCGGCCGUCCUCGAGGCAGUCAGCAAUGAUCCGGGCAUGGACCGACUGCUGGCCGUGCUGGAGCGCAAUCGCAAGGGCUGCCACAAGAAGCCCAAGAACUUCUACCAGAUCCGCAACGACAAGACGGAUCAGUAUCUGCAGCAGACGGAGACCAUGGUGCGGGACACCAUGGAGGCCAUUAGCGACAUCAUCGACAAGCAGGUGCGCCUGCGCUCCUGCAUUCCGCUGCGCCCAGAUCUAAGCGAGUUCUACGACCUCAUCCUGAAGACAAUGGACGAGCAGAAGAAGUGCCGCGAGAAGCGUAUGGACUCGGUGAGCGGCCUGGCCGACGAUUUCAGCGAGGAUGUGCGUUUGCUCGAUGUGGACAAGAUCGAUUCACGGUCCCGCAUCGUCAAGAAGCUGCUGCGCCAGUACGAGGAGCUGCCCCUGGAGGAUCAGCGUGCGGCGGCCAAUGUGCGUGACGAACUUCUGAUGGAUCUCAUGUAUCUGCGCAAAAUGGCAGACUCCGUGGAGCGCACACGGCGCAAUGCCAAGCUGCAGGAGGUGCUGCGGCACACCAGCAUGGACAGCGUCCUGCAGUCUCGCGUGUCCAGUGAGCUGUCGCCUCGGUUCAUCAAGCUGGUGAAGACCGCCGAGCUGUUCAAGGAGGCAGGCGAGCAGCAGGCGAGGGCCUUUGUGGGACUCGAGUAGCAGCUUUUUAAUGUUUAUUUAUUUUGUUUUUGUUCGUUGAGUUUUACUAUUAAAUUAAAUUUGGAAA